AAACCAUAGACUCUAUAACGUGGUUCCGACAAUAGUCAACAUUGAGUCAUUGACUGGAGUGGAUUGUCAUUUGAUAAUUUAAGAUAGUUUUUUAUACACGUUCGUCAAGUUAUUGAUGGGAUUGAAGAUCGUCUGAAUCGUCGAGAAAGUUUUGUUGAAGGAAAAUGCCGCUGUUAUAUAGUGUUGUUAGUAGAGGAAACACUGUUUUGGCUAGAUUUGCCAAUAAUUGUACUGGAAACUUUUCUGAGAUCACAGAGCAAGUUCUAGCUCAAAUUGGACUUGAUGAUUCAAAAAUGACCUACUCUCAUGGAUCAUUUUUGUUCCACUAUAUUUUGCAAGACAGAAUAAUUUAUCUUUGCAUCUCAGAUGAUGAAUUUGAACGUUCAAGAGCAUUUUUAUUUUUGAAUGAAGUUAAAAAGAAAUUUGUAAAUACUUUUGGAGCCCAUGCAUACUCUGCUCUACCAUAUGCUAUGAACACGGAGUUUUCGAAAAUUUUGGCAGGGCUAAUGAAACACUUUUCUGAAUCUCGAGAUAUCGAUACCGUUUCUCAAGUUCAAGGAGAAUUGGACGACUUGAAAGAUGUAAUGGUGAAAAAUAUAGAUUCCUUAGCGGCACGUGGCGAAAGAUUAGAAUUACUGGUUAAUAAAACCGAAAGCCUCAGCGCGUCAGCUGUUACUUUCCGGAAAUCAAGUCGAAAUUUGGCUAAUUCCUUGUUCUGGAAAAACAUAAAAAUAACAGCAAUUACUGCUGCCGUGAUUUUGGUUAUUGUGUAUUUUGUCGUUAGCAUAGCAUGUGGAGGAUUGAAUUGGCAUUCAUGCAUUCAAAAUAGUUGAUGCACAAAUUCUGCGCGUGAUCUAAUUUUUCUUUCAGUUUUUAAAACAAACAUUCUAUUUCAACCAAAUACGUUUCUGUACAUUCGUAACAUAUAAUGAGUCGGUUUCUUUGUUAUGAUGUUCAACAUUUAUGUGUACUUUUCUAUUCAUCGUUUUUUGUACAGACAAGGUUUCAAAUAUAUUCUUGGCAUAGUU